UACUCGUGUCUAUAUUUCUACUCUCCAUCUGUGAUCCUAACUUUACACAUGAUUCCAUCUGCCCUUUUAUAUUACUUCUUCUAUUAGUUCAAUUUCAUUCUUUUCUUUACGACCAAAAACAUCCUUCCCUAUCUGGUUUUAAUACGACCCGUCGUCGCGUGUGGAUUGUCCAUUAUUCACAUUUAAUUGAUAUACAUAAGAAAUUUGCUUGAAAUUAGGGUUUGUAAUUUGGGGUCUUUGCAGCUGAAUCGCUAAAGAUUCAAGCUUUUGUUUCAAUUGAAUUGGAAUUUAGGAAGAUUUAGUGUUUCUGACUGGGAGAUGAUAAUAAUUUGGGGAUCAGAGGUGCCUUUGAUCGCCGAUUAAUCGGCGAGCGGAUUCGCGGUUUUGAGGGGUUUGGGUUUUUGUAUGGAAACUCGUAGCCGGAAGCGGGUGGAGGCCACCUCAUCAGCGCCUUCUUCUUCUUCUUCAUCUGGUCCCACAACCCGUGCCACCAAGCGUGCUCGUCUCACCGCCGCAGCUGCUGCCCCCACCGCCACCACAACUGCCACUGCUGCCGCUAAUUCUUCUUCGAUCUCCACUCGUUCACGUGUAGUAACUAGGUCAAAAGACUCGCUCGCUUCCUCGACACCCAUGGACUCUACUAACGAAUCCUCUGGUUCUGGUACCCGCAGCCGUCGUGGCAAAAACCCUAGUCAUGCCUCCGAUAAGGAUAAUUCCGAUAAAGGCAAAGAGAAAGAGCAUGAGGUUAGGGUUCGAGAAAGGGAAAGGGAGAGGGAGAGGGAUAGAGAUGCUGAGAGGAGCCUCGGAUUGAAUAUUGAUUCUGGUGGCUGUGACGAUGAUGAUAAUGACAGCGAGGGCGGUGUGGGAAUUUUGCAUCAGAAUUUAACUUCGGCCAGCAGUGCACUUCAAGGCCUGCUCCGGAAGCUCGGUGCUGGAUUGGAUGAUUUGCUCCCCAGCUCGGCAAUGGGGUCUGGUUCUGCUUCACACCAGAGUGGGCGCCUUAAGAAGAUUCUAUCUGGUUUGAGGUCUGAUGGCGAGGAGGGAAAGCAAGUUGAAGCGUUAACGCAGCUGUGCGAGAUGCUUUCAAUCGGGACUGAGGAGUCGCUCAGCACAUUCUCCGUGGACUCUUUUGUUCCUGUGCUUGUUGGUUUGCUCAACCGCGAGAGUAACAUUGACAUUAUGCUACUUGCAGCCAGGGCACUAACUCACUUGGUUGAUGUGCUUCCUUCUUCUUGUGCUGCGGUGGUGCAUUAUGGUGCAGUUUCCUGUUUUGUUGCUCGAUUGCUCACAAUUGAAUACGUGGACUUGGCAGAACAGUCGUUGCAAGCAUUGAAGAAGAUAUCUCAGGAACACCCAACUGCUUGCUUGCGUGCAGGAGCGUUGAUGGCGGUGCUUUCCUACCUUGACUUCUUCUCAACAGGGGUCCAGCGCGUGGCAUUGUCUACUGCUGCAAACAUGUGUAAGAAACUCCCCUCAGAUGCUGCUGACUUUGUGAUGGAAGCUGUUCCUCUGCUGACAAACCUGCUUCAAUAUCACGAUGCAAAGGUUUUGGAGCAUGCUUCUAUUUGCUUGACUAGGAUUGCAGAGUCUUUUGCCACCUCCCCUGAAAAGCUGGAUGAACUCUGUAAUCAUGGACUGGUUACACAGGCUGCCUCCCUCAUUUCAACCAGUAAUUCUGGAGGUGGUCAGGCAUCUCUUAGCUCUUCUACAUACACGGGUUUGAUCCGACUUCUUUCAACAUGUGCAAGUGGCUCUCAUCUUGGAGCGAAAACCUUAUUGCUCCUUGGCAUCAGUGGGAUUCUCAAGGACAUUCUAUCUGGUUCUGGCCUUGUUGCUGGCAUGUCUGUUUCACCUGCAUUAAAUAGGCCAGCUGAACAGAUUUUUGAGAUCGUCAGCUUGGCAAAUGAGCUUCUUCCUUCUCUUCCUCAAGGAACCAUUUCUCUCCCAGCAAGUACUAAUUUGUUCAUGAAAGGUUCCUAUACAAAGAAGUCACCUGGUAGCAGUUCCAAUAAGCAGGAAGAUUCAAAUGGAAAUUCUCUAGAAGUUUCAGCUAGAGAGAAAUUGUUCAUUGAUCAGCCUGAACUCCUGCAACAAUUUGGAAUAGAUCUCGUUCCUGUUCUUAUCCAGAUAUAUGGUUCAAGUGUAAAUGGUCCUGUUCGUCAUAAAUGCCUCUCAGUCAUUGGAAAACUUAUGUACUUCAGCACAGCUGAUAUGAUUCAAUCUUUAUUAAGUGUAACAAAUAUAUCCAGCUUCUUGGCUGGGGUAUUAGCUUGGAAGGAUCCUCAGGUGUUGGUCCCUGCUCUUCAAAUAGCAGAAAUUUUAAUGGAAAAGCUUCCAGGGACUUUUUCUAAGAUGUUUAUUAGAGAAGGUGUUGUACAUGCUAUAGAUACCCUGAUAUUAGCUGGUUCUCAAAGUAAUGCUCCCCAGCAACAAACCUCCAACGAAAAGGAUAACGAUUCCAUACCUGGAUCAUCGUCUCGCUUGAGGCGUAACCGACGACGUGGCAAUAAUUCAAAUGCUGAUGUGAACCAUUCUGACGAUUCUAAAAAUCCAGUUUCUAGUUUUGGUUCUCCUCCAAAUUCCAUUGAACUUUCAUCAGUGAAUUCUAGUCUUCGUGUGACUGUCAGUGCAUGCGCAAAAGCUUUCAAGGAAAAAUAUUUCCCAUCAAAUCCGGAGGCCACUGAAGCUGGGAUUACAGAUGACCUUUUGCAUUUGAAGAAUCUGUGUGUUAAACUAAAUGCUGGCAUUGACGAACAGAAGUCGAAAGCCAAGGGAAAAUCUAAAUCUUCUGGUUCUCGUCUUCCUGAUGUUUCAGCUAGCAGAGAGGAGAAUUUAGUUGGAGUGAUAUCGGAGAUUUUGGGGGAGCUCAGCAAAGGGGAUGGUGUGUCAACUUUUGAGUUCAUAGGCAGUGGGGUUAUUGCAGCUUUGCUGAAUUACUUCACAUGUGGAUAUUUCUCCAAGGAUGGAAUUUCAGAAGCUAAGUUUCCUAAGCUUCGGCAACAAGCUGUCAAAAGGUACAAAUCUUUUGUGUCAGUUGCUCUUCCAUCAAAUGUUGGUGAAGGUAGUGGAGAUCCUAUGAGUGUGUUGAUUCAAAAGCUUCAAAAUGCUCUAUCAUCAUUGGAACGCUUUCCUGUUGUUCUGAGUCAUACGUCUAGAUCCUCCAGUGGGAAUUCACGGCCUUCUUCUGGUUUAAGUGCUUUAUCACAACCCUUUAAGCUGCGGCUCUGUAGAGCCCAGGGAGAAAAAUCCCUUCGUGACUAUUCAUCAAAUGUUGUUCUGAUUGAUCCAUUAGCAAGUUUAGCAGCUGUAGAAGACUUCCUAUGGCCACGGGUCCAACGAAGUGACUCUGGUCAGAAGCCUUCAGUUUCAGCAGGGAACUCCGACUCUGGGACAGCGAUUGCAGGCACAGCUGUUUCAUCGCCAUCUACUUCCACACCUGCUUCAACCACUCGCCGCCAUUCUACGCGGUCCAGAUCAUCCAUUAAUAUAGGUGAUGCAAAUAAAAAGGAACCUGCUCAAGAAAAAAGUGCUAGCUCAUCAAAGGGAAAGGGGAAAGCAGUUCUAAAGUCAGCUUCAGAGGAAGGGAGAGGACCUCAAACUAGAAAUGCUGCUCGUAGAAGAGCAGCUGUGGAUAAAGAUGCUCAAAUGAAGCCUGUGACUGGGGAUACUAGUUCUGAGGAUGAUGAGUUGGAUAUUUCUCCUGUUGAAAUUGAUGAUGCUUUGGUGAUUGAAGAUGAUGAUAUCUCAGAUGAUGAUGAAGAUGAUCGUGAAGAUGUACUUAGAGAUGAGUCCAUUCCCAUGUGUAUGCCAGACAAGGUUCAUGAUGUUAAGUUGGGUGACCCUACCGAGGAUGCCACUGAUGCUCCCGUUUCAGGCGACAGUCAGAUCAAUCCAGUGGGCGGCUCCAGCAGCAGAGGCCCUUCAGUGGGAGUGGCUGAUUCUGCUGAUCUCAGGAGUGGGAGUUCUUUCGGUUCAAGGGGUGCAAUGUCAUUUGCUGCUGUUGCGAUGGCUGGACUUGCAGCUGGUAGUGGGAGAGGCAUGCGGGGAGGCAGAGAUCGCCAUGGACGUCUAUUAUUUGGUUCUAGUGACCCUCCAAGGUUGAUGUUUUCUGCAGCUGGGAAGCAGCUUACUAGACACUUGACCAUUUACCAGGCAAUCCAAAGGCAGCUUGUCCUCGAAGAUGAUGAUGAUGAGAGAUAUGCUGGCAGUGAUUUUCUUUCGAGUGAUGGAAGCAGGCUUUGGAGUGAUAUUUACACUAUCACAUACCAGAGAGCAGAGAGUCAAUCUGAUAAUGCUUCACUUGGGACUCCAAUCUCAACAAAUCUGUCAAAAUCUACGAAAGCUAGUUCUUCAGCUACUGUUAGCUCUGAGUCCGCAUCCCAUCAAGGAUCACUUUUAGAUAGCAUAUUGCAGGGGGAACUUCCGUGUGAUCUGGAAAAAAAUAACCCUACUUAUGAAAUAUUGGCUCUAUUACGUGUACUUGAGGGGUUGAAUCAGCUUGCACCACGUUUACGUAUUCAGACUGUAAUUGAUGACUUUUCUGAGGGAAAAAUUGCAACUCUAGAUGCUCUUAGUGCCACUGGUGUCAAAGUUCCAUCUGAGGAAUUCAUCAAUAGCAAACUCACUCCUAAAUUGGCAAGGCAGAUUCAGGAUGCACUUGCACUUUGCAGUGGGUCCCUUCCAUCCUGGUGUUACCAGUUGACAAAAGCUUGUCCAUUUUUGUUCCCGUUUGAGACUCGGCGCCAAUAUUUCUAUUCAACUGCUUUUGGAUUGUCACGUGCAUUGUAUCGGCUUCAGCAGCAACAGGGUGCAGAUGGACAUGGUUCCACAAAUGAGAGGGAGGUGAGGGUUGGGCGAUUACAGCGCCAAAAAGUCCGUGUUUCGCGGAACCGGAUUUUGGAUUCUGCUGUGAAAGUCAUGGAAAUGUACUCCAGCCAAAAAGCUGUCCUUGAAGUUGAAUAUUUUGGAGAGGUUGGGACUGGGUUAGGGCCUACUCUGGAGUUCUACACACUGCUGAGUCAUGACUUACAAAAAGUUAAAUUGGGGAUGUGGAGGUCAAGUGCUUCGUCAGACGGACCUGUGAUGGAAGUUGAUGGGGGUACAGAUGGGAAGACAAAUGCGAGUUUAGAUUCAUUGCAUGGUGAGAGAGAUCUUAUACUUGCACCUCUUGGGUUGUUUCCACGUUCUUGGCCCCCAAAUGCUGAUACCUCAGAUGGUAGUCAUUUUUCUAAAGUGGUCGAUUACUUUCGGUUACUUGGGCGUGUGAUGGCUAAAGCCCUUCAAGAUGGGCGACUCAUGGACCUACCACUGUCAACUGCCUUUUAUAAACUUGUACUUGGUCAGGAGCUUGAUUUGCACGAUAUUCUUUCUUUUGAUGCUGCCUUGGGUAAGACAUUGCAAGAAUUGCAGGCGCUGGUUUGCAGGAAACAGUAUUUGGAGUCGAUUGCAGGUCAUAUUCAUGAUAAAGUUGAUGAUUUACUUUUUCGUGGGGCUCCAGUUGAGGAUCUCUGUUUAGAUUUUACACUUCCUGGGUAUCCUGAAUAUGUCUUGAAACCAGGCGAUGAGGAUGUGGAUAUCAACAAUUUGGAUGACUAUGUAUCUCUGGUGGUUGAUGCUAUUGUCAGGACUGGGAUUAGGAGGCAAAUGGAAGCAUUUAGAUAUGGCUUUAAUCAGGUCUUUGAUAUCUCAACUUUGCAAAUAUUCUCUCCAAAUGAGUUGGACUAUCUGCUUUGUGGUCGUAGGGAGCUAUGGAAGGCUGAUACAUUGGUGGAUCACAUCAAAUUUGAUCAUGGCUAUACUGCAAAAAGUCCUGCUAUUGUCAAUUUACUGGAGAUUAUGGGAGAAUUCAACCCUGAGCAGCAAAGGGCCUUCUGCCAGUUUGUGACUGGUGCGCCUCGACUUCCUCCUGGAGGUUUGGCGGUGUUGAAUCCUAAGUUGACAAUUGUGCGCAAGCAUUCUUCGAGUGCAGGUAACACGACAAACAGCAGUAUUGGGCCAUCAGAAUCUGCAGAUGAUGACUUGCCUAGUGUAAUGACAUGUGCAAAUUACUUGAAGCUUCCUCCCUAUUCCACAAAGGAAAUCAUGUACAAGAAACUACUUUAUGCAAUCAGUGAAGGACAGGGAUCUUUUGAUUUGUCUUGAGGCUUCAAAUUAACUGAGUUUGUACAGUAAAGUUCAAAUCCUUUUUGGGGUAUAAAAGCAAUUUUGGUUGUUGGAGGUAAUUAAUUUGCUGCUGGUCAAUAAAGGCUUCUUCCUACUUACUGCUGCUCUAAACUGAUCGAUUCUUGAGGUCAGCAUUUACUGAAAAGCAGAGGUGUCCAGUUGAGAAGCAUAUUAAAUUAGGGACAACAGGUUGAUAAAUUACGGCAUGGUGCAGAGAAGGCUUUGCAACAACCAAGAGAUAUGUGCUGCUAGUGCUUGUAAAUAAGUAGAAAUUUAUUCUUUCAUUUUCAUUUUGACUUGGAAGGUUAGAUGGAGAUAUAUGUAUUGCAAAGCAUGUCGCUAGCCUCUUUCCUUUUUGUCUUUUAAAUUUGAAACGCAUUGUUGAUGUGAUUUUUAUACUCUUUUCUAGCAAUAAACAGAAUGUUGCGCCUAAAAAUAUUGCGACUAGGAUAACAUCUGCAUCUCAUGUUCAUGACA